UCGCCAGCUUCGCGCAAUCGCAUCGCCGAAUAUGAGAACGCCUCGGCUGCUUCGCCUUCCAGGAAGAAGAUGGAGGGCCCGGCCUUUGCUGUGGUCAAGAAGCCAAGGAAACCUGGCGACAAGCACUCGCCCAUCGCCGACUUGCCCAACGAGAUUUUGACUCAUGCUCUUGCACACCUUUCUCCUCAGGAUCUGUCUGCUGUCUCUCUCGUCUCCCGUCGCUUUCAUGAUCUAGUCACUACUCCUCACGCCUGGAGGACUGCCUUUUCGCGUUACUUCCCCGGCCCGGAUUUUCUGGAUCCCAAUGCAUACGACGAACAGGAUGAACCGGAUGAUCGUCUUCGCCUUGAACGUCGCGCAUUCACUCGCGUUACCGCUCUUGCUUCAUGGCGUAGCGAAUACAUUCUCCGUACCCGUUUGCUACGCUCUCUUGCUCGUGGCAAGCCUGUCGAGCUGCCCGCUUCUCCGGCUCAGGCCCGUCUUGGCCAGCCUCCAGUCGCAUUGCCCAUCAUCAACUAUCCUUCGCAAAUGAUGACAACUGUCAACCACCUACACGCAACUUUUGGUGGUCCUGCUCUCAACAAGCGGCCUCCUCGCUUCGUGCAUGGUGCUGACGAUGUGGGCACUGCGGGGAGCAGUGACCCCAGUCUCGGAAAAACAGACUCGUGGGGACUGGGCGAUCCGAAUAUCUUCCUCCAGUUCUCUGAACGCUUCCCUGGUGACGCCAUGUACGGGCUCGGCCCUGGAAACAUUGUGGGUGUUCCCAACUCCAUGGACGUCAGUCAGCCAUUUGGCAUGGUUCAUGGUGAGGGCUCGCCUGGUGGAUUCGUCUACUAUAGAUACACGGAAGAGAUGCGCGGCCACUUCCUGAAACCUUCGAGCGGCAUCUCCGUACCCACACUGGGCAUCCCACAGUUGUUGCCUGUGCAAGAAGCUGUAUGCAGCGUCUGGAUUGCCAAGUCUUCUUCCAUCCCAUCUCUUACCGACGGUCUUGUAGGACUGCUCUCUGGUUCCUCUCUCGGUGUCCUCACAGCAUAUAGCCUUGGACCUCUGGGGACCCGAGAUCAACGUUAUGGCCGAGGUGAGGUCACUGCGCGUUGGGUCAUCAGCCCGGGAGUACCUAUAGUCGGAAUUGCGGUUGACGAACACUACUCGGUAAAGCGUCAAGGAGAGAGCCGCGCGUGGGCAGUUGUGCUCAACGCAUUGGGUGAAGUCUUCUACUUGACCAAGUUCCCCAAGCGUAGCAUCGACGACAAGCUUGCCGGACCUCAUGACGAAGGAAAUGAACGUCUUGCUUGGUCGACUGGACGGUCUGUUUAUUGGACUCUCGUCGAGCCCAGUCGGCGCGCUGCUCGUCCCAAUCCUUACAGUAAUUCACAUGUUGAUGGCAGCUAUUCGCCUCGGACCUCAUGGAACGGCAUGCACCUGGGAGAGGAGCAAAUCAAAGCCGAGACAUAUGAGGUCGAAGACUACAUCAAGCGGAAGCCCAAAGAUUUCCAGAGAAGCUGCCUGGGAUGGAACAUGCGUAGGGUACUGGAAGUUGACUUCGCUGGAGAUGAUGGUAACCAGGCUGGAGAAGCUGUUUUCGUAUUCGAGACUGGCCUCGACGAGGAUUACGCCGCUUCUGCGAAACGAUAUGUCCGAUUCAAGGUUGCCGACAUGAACAACUCAGCGACUGAAACAAAUGGAUUGCAAUCUACAUCCGCUCCAACACCUCCUGAACCGGCUUCUCUCUUUGGCGGACCGUCUUCUCCUGCCAUGUCGCCAUCGAAGGGCGACAUUGACUACGGUCUGUCGUUGUCGACUGUCCAAGAUCUGGAAACUAACAAGAAGACUGAGCGCACGACAGAAGAGUGGAGACUUUCCGAUCUAUCGUUCGGUGGACUCAAGUCGGUACAGAUAACAGCUCACGCUCUGGACGGCUCGACCUUUGCGACCCUCACCUCCUCAGAAGACCCACUUACCAACUUCUCCGGGCAGUCGACUGUUUCCUCCCCUAGCAUGACGCCUCUGUACAAGUCGAGCGUCUCAGCUCCGCCUGCAGAUGUGCCGGGUCAGCGAGCCCGUUUCAUCGCUGUAGGUACGAUGAUGGGCAGCGUUCUGGUCUGGGAUGCAAGAGCAUCGCUCCCCAUUUCCGCCGACGCCGUCAAUAUGCUCGAACCCGUACGCGUCAUUCACACAGAAUCGCCCGAGAUCUCCUGUAUCGCGCUGUCAUCUCUGUAUCUUGUACACGGAGGAAACGAUGGUCUCGUACAAGCUUGGGAUGUUCUGGCCUCCACCCUGAGCCCGAUACGCACGUUGAACUCACGCUUUGCAUCUCGCGCAAGACGUAGACUCGUGCAGGCUCAGGCGUCGGUCCAGGGUGUUGGCAUCAAUCUAUAUGCAGCGGGAGCCAUCUGCCUCGAUCCCGAUCCGACGGUCCUGCGCGGCAUGGUCUCGAUCGGAACGCUAUUGCGCUACUGGAGCUUCAGCUCGUCUGCAGCGGACCAGUACAAGUCGCACAAACGUCGUCUCAGACGAGCUGAUCGAGGUACCAACGUAUCCAACGAUCGAUUCGCCAAUGUCGGCAGGGGCAACAUCAAGGGUUUCAUCGCGAACGAACAGCUAGAACUCGAACGAGAGAGCGCGCAGGAAGUACGACAGGCGGAGCAUCUGGCCGGCAGAUUUGGCACAGAGCUGCUGGGCAGCGAUGCAAGCGAGGAGGAGAUUCUCGCAUACGCGCAGCUACUGAGCGAGGAGGCACUUGCAAAGGACCAAGAAAAGAAGACGAGCGAGCCUACGACCAACGGCAAGUCAACAACUACCAUGCCAAUGGGGGACGCAGACAUGGAUCCCGACAUUGCCGAAGCGAUCCGUCAGAGUCUUGCAGAAGAGGAAGCAAAACGACUCCAGGAACUCGAAGAGGCAGAGUUCGAGGCGCUGCAACAUCAAGAAGCAGCAGAGGGUAGCAACAGCAGAGAGUUGGACGACUUUGAGUUUGCUCUGCAGCUGAGCCUGGCGGAAGAGCAAAGUCGACUGGAAGCAGAAGCAGAAGCAGAAGCAGAAGCACGUGACGAAUUCCCUGCUCUCUCGAUACGAUCAGGCAAGGGCAAGGGAAGGCAGCGUUAG